CCUUCCCUUGGCUGAGAGGCCAACCAAUCACAGCAGGAGGAGGGCUUUUAGUGAGAUGAUUCGCUGCCGGUUUCCAAAAAAUAAGGGAAUGACAGGCAGAGAGAUCUUCAGCCUUCUCUGCUAAAGGGGUUCCUAAGUCCAUCAGAAAUAUAUUUUUCUGAUGGUCUUUGGCAACUCCUCUGAAACCCCUCGUGAUUCUCCCCAGGGGUCCCGACCCCCAGGUUGAGAAAUGCUGAACUAAACUCUAGUCUUUACUUCCUUAGGAAUGGUCACUGAAUUUUCAAUCUGGCAUGCUUGAGAUAUGUUAAUGCAUGUUUGCCACUAGCUUGAACAAAUAGCUAAACAAAAGAGUUUGUGCCUCAAAAUGGCUACCAUCUUGUAUUGCAGUCUAUAAGCUCAGAAUGAACUUGUUUUCCAUUUGUGUAUUUGUGUAAAUGUUCCAUUUACUAUUUUAAUUAGGUAUUCUCCACAAUCUAUUGGACUGCAGCUCCCAUGAUACCUCACCAUUGGCUAUGCUUACUCGAAUUGUUAACAUUUGUAGCAGAAAACCGAAGUAGAAGAUUCGUACAGAUUGGUGCAUAUUUACAUUCGCACAAUUAUGGGCUCAGUCUUUACACUACUGGAGUCGACAAAGCCUCCGAAUAAAAAGAUCAGUACAAUUCAAGACCUUACCAAGGAGGAGGCAAAAAUAUUGGAAGCAGCAAAGCAGCAGACACUAGAUAUUAUGCUAGAUGCCCUGAAGAAGAAGGACAAAGUACUGAUGAAAGUACCUCAGAGAGUCUUCCUUAAAGGAGAGGAGAAAGAGUCCUUUUGGAUGCAGCGUCAUGCCAUUCUAACAGAAGACACCGUCCAAAAGCUUAUUGCAGAACUCAAGAAAGUAACAUUUAAGAAGAACAUUAGAAAGCCUUUCACUUAUGCAUACAUAGAACAGACAAAUGAGAAUAAGAUCAUUUAUCUAUGUGAUAUGUUCUGGAAAGCUCCAGAAUAUCUUGAGAAAGACUCCCAGCCAGGUACACUCAUCCAUGAAUUGUCUCAUUUUCUGGGUACCACCGACCUCACUUACAAAGAGAGCACCCUUUAUGUUGCAUGCAAAGGUAUCCUGGUAAAAGGCAGCUCAUUAAAUCCUCUUACUCCUGAAGAAGACUACUGGGAAAAGGCUCUUGGGAAUGCCUUCCUAAAUGCUAACAGCAUUGCACAUGAGUUUGAGCUCACCCUCAACCACAGAGGAAGUUAUGUGGAUGGCAAGUACUCCUGCUGUGGGGAAACCAAACGGCACUCUGUGUGUGAGUCUUCUGUGCCUGACUACUUCCACACUUGCACCUCGGAUGAAACGUGGGAAACAGAGAUACUUCUGAAGGAACUACAUCAAAGAUCAGAGGCAAUAGCACACAAACUAAAGGAGUUUCACAACAAUAUGGAGGAAGUGUGUGAAUCUCUUAGAGAAGCCAAGGCAAAACCUACUAGGGGAGCAUUAACAAAGAUUGUCCUAAUGACGUACAUCCUGGUUCUCUCAUCAUUUAAACUUUCUGCACUGCAGGAAAGAGAAAGUAGAUUGACUAUGAGGAAAACCACCAGUGUCUCUACCAUCAUUUCCGCUGCAAGGGAAUUCACAAAAAAUAAUGAAUUGUAUCCCAUCCUGGAUGAAUGUCAACGUUUCUUGGAUAUCCAGAGACUUCUAAAGUUCCUAGAUGGAGAUGAACUCUUUGCAGAUUCUUGGCAGGAAUAUGAAUUCUUCAAUCUUCUGAUCAAUAUCAUAGACAUCAUAAUAUUAGAGAAAGAACUCAAGUCCUAA